CGGGUCUGGCUCUGGAAACAGAACAGAGGAGCGAUCCGGUGAAGUUGUGGCUCCGCGUCAGAGCGAGUUUCUGUCCGCCGGAGGAGACCGAGAGACGGCUCGGAGCUGGACCUUUCCCCGCUGCUGCUGUGGAAGUAUCGCUGCUGGAGCUCAGAGCUGCACGACAUGAAAUCUGUGUCGAGCCUGUAGGAUUAUAGUUAAAAAGUUCCUGCUGGCGAAGAAGAGAAGGCAGUUGUUGUUUUUUGGUCUUUUCAAUUGGAACAUUGUGCUCAGGCAGCUGCUCUUUCAAUGUUGGAUACAGUUUUGGUGCUUCCGCCAGGCUGAAAUCCUCCAGGGUCAGGACCUCCCUCAUGGGGGCCGUGCUCUUCGGGCUGCUGCUCUUUGCAGUGCAAUCCCCCCCCCUCCCCUGCCGGCCCGUGGCCCACGAGGGGCCUCAGCCUCCCACCUCGCCGCCCGCUGACAACGGGACCGCCAACCACCCCAACGGGACCUUCCAGCAGCUUCCUCAGAUUAUAAUAAUCGGCGUGAGGAAGGGGGGGACGCGGGCGCUGAUCGAGAUGCUCAGCCUGCACCGCGCCGUGGCGGCGGCUCAGAACGAGGUGCACUUCUUCGACUGGGAGAGUCACUUCCAGAAAGGCGUGCCGUGGUACCUGAGCCAGAUGCCCUACGCCUCCCCAGACCAGCUGACGGUGGAGAAGACGCCGGCCUACUUCACCUCCAGUAAAGUCCCCAAACGGGUCCACCACAUGAACCCUGACAUCAAGCUGCUGCUGAUCCUCAGAGACCCCACGGAGCGGGUCCUGUCGGACUACACGCAGGUCUUCUACAAGCGCCUCCAGAACCACAAGCGCUACCAGCCCAUCGAGUCCAUCCUGGUGAAGGACGGCGAGAUCAACCUGGGAUACAAGGCCAUCAGCCGCAGCCUGUACCACGUCCACAUGCAGAACUGGCUGCAGUACUUCCCCCUGGAGAGCGUCCACCUGGUGGACGGGGACGAGCUGAUCAGGGACCCGUUCCCCGAGAUGAAAAAGGUGGAAAAGUUCUUGAAGCUGGAGCCCCAGAUAAACUCUUCCAAUUUUUACUUCAAUAAAACGAAAGGAUUCUACUGUUUGAGGGACCACGGGCGAGAGCGCUGUUUACACGACUCAAAGGGCCGCGCUCACCCUCACGUGGCGCCCGCCAUCCUGCAGAAACUCUACCAGUUCUUUCACGAACCCAACAAGAAGUUCUUUGAGCUGGUGGGCCGAACAUUCAACUGGAAGUGAACGGAGAGUUGCUUGGAGAUAAUCUUGGGUUUCUCACUAACUAUGUAGAUGAAGCUAAUGUAAAAUGAAACUAAAUCUAUUUUUGUACCAGUACAUUUGUUAUGGGAAUGUGAUGGAGCCAAAUAUCAGGGCAGACUGCAGUUCAUGACAUGCUCUGUUGGUGCAUGUCUUAUUUCUUUUUGCUGUCAAACAAACAUUUUACGUCUCUGUGUACUGUUAGAAACUACUGUUCAGCUCGUCUGAUCAUUGAUAAUGACGUUGAUAACGACAUCCAGACUUUAGACUGUGCCAGUUAAUGUGUUACAUCAAGAUACUCACCAGGCAGAUCAAUGUUGCCAUUCCUUCAUGUUUCGCUUCAUAUAAAAUGACAUUAUUAACUGCAUUUAGAGCUCUGAAGGACCUUUACCUGCUGCUAUGAUUUCCUCAGUCACUUUCAGGCACAAGCCGUUUUUUUUUUCUUCUUUUUGUUCCUCUGAUGUUCCUUAAUGUGAGAGUCGGAUAUAUAAAUGCUCUGCGAACAUCAUAUAUUUGCCGAUCAUUGCGGUGUAACUGUAAAUAGUUUUUUUUCAAAAGGUGAAGAAUUAAUACCAUAAUAAAGAUGUAUUUUAUUUUUA